GCGCACUAACGUUUUGACUCGCAGCUAUGAUUCUCGGCUUCCUUAGGGCAGAUUCGAGUGCGGCAUCUGCAAACCAAACUUGUACAAGUUUCGAAAACUGACAUGAGUUCGAGGGCACUUAAGCGUCUCGAGAGACAGCGGGCCAUCACCUCUUCCGAAACACAUAGCUCAGAUGAUGAACCCAACUUUGUUUCAAAACCUAAAAUGAACGCUUUUGCCCUUUUAAACGACGAGGACGAUGAUGGGCAUGAAUCGGAGCCAGAAAAGGAUUCGGAAAUACAUGAAGAACUGGAAGAACUCCCUCGAGCUACCCAGCCAUCGAAAAAAUCCAAGAAGAAGAAGAAGGGUAAGAAGAAGCCAGUGAAGGUUUCUUCGGAUGAAGAAAAUAUUGACGAUGACGAUCUCGAUAGAUUUCUUGAAGACGUGAGGAAGAGAGAUCAAAAAGAAGCGAGUGGCUCUUCUGGCUCUUUCGAGGAUAAAAAUUGCCAAGAUUACGAAAAACCUCUUGACGAAGAAGAACCUCCAUUCGACUACGCAGACGCCAAUUUCUUAAGAUUGACGACGUCUCGCUUGAAAGAAAGCAUGCACCUUCUAUCGGUAGGUUCAGUCAAAAAUCUAGAUCCAGACACUGAGCUCCAAAAUCUCUUCGGUAAGUUGUCAUUCGAAACAAUCGAAGACGCUAACAGCACGACUUCUUUAGCUGCUUCCCCAGACGUCUUGGCUCAAUUCAAGAGUUUGGCCAGGAUAACGCGUGGAUGGGGUGGCAAAGAUCACAAGAAUGUACCAGGGACUACCCGAAAAUUGCUUCUUACGAGAAUUAGAGAUGACUGGCUUCCUACUACUCAAAAGCCGCUUUCCAUGGACGAAUUGAAGGCUGAAGAGGUCGUGAAAACUAAAGUUUACAAGGAAGAAGACAAUGUGGAACAUGCAACAAAAAUAAUUGAGCUGAAAAUUGCAAAUGAAGACAGGCUUGGUAUAAAGUAUUUCUGUUUCAAAAAGUUGAACAGUAUAAGAGACCGCGUGGCCAACUCUCGAUUUUUUGCUUCGGUGGUGAUGACUCCCGACCCAGAAUCCUUGAUGCAACUUCUUCAACAGAGUCCAUAUCACAUGGAAACUCUCCUUCAAGUGUCUAUGGUCAUGUUGAGAGAGGGAAACAACAAGGCGACAAGCAAUGCUUUGAUUGAGAAAAGUUUGUUUGUUUUCGAUAGAUCUUUGAACAAGCACUUCCAUGAACUAUUACAAGCUGGAAACACCGAACUUAUCAGACUUCCGUAUGAGUCGUUUGCGAAUCGUCAAUUCUACCUUACGUUGUUUCGUGUGAUUGUGGGCCUUGGGGAGCGAUCCACAUUCUACACGGCUCUUAAUUUCUGCAAAUUUCUUCUUGCCUUGUCGCCUGCUGAAGAUCCCCUUGGAGUAAGAUAUUUUUUGGAUCACUACGCUAUAUUGUCUGAGAACUAUGAGUAUCUUGCUGAAUUUGUCGGAUCUGCUCUUUCACAGACUUACACUCAAUGGUUCACACCUGGUUUAGCAUUUUCCAGAGUUUUGGCUUUCUUGCAUCUAGGGAAAACCCAAGAAGCAAAGAAAGCACUUGCUGACGCCUUUUCAGUACAUCCCUUAUGUGCUUAUGAAUUACUUAAGAACAUUGGUUUGAGUGGUCAUGUUGCAACUAAGCCAAGUGAUAUACAAACGAAUAGUUUUGCUGAGCUAGCAAAUGAAACAUACCUUGUGAGAGCACACAUUCUUUGGAAGGAACAGACACACAGACAAUUUCUUCACGAUGAACUCAUGUCUCUUUUUGACAGGACUAGCGUUCACAAUAGCAGAUCUUGGUUGAGUAAGUGGUUUGGCGGAGAAAAGAAGGAGGAGAACGCUACAAUUCCGGUGAAUUUGAUUCGUUUUGUGGUGUUGUCAGGGGAAAACAAAGUGCUUGCUAAAGUCCCCGAAAAAGUUUUUGAGAGGGACGACAUGCUUGAAUAUGAUGUCAUCCCACCCAAGGACGAAAAUGCAUACCCUGAGGGUGAAAACAAAGCAACGGACCUGAUGUUUGAUUAUCUAGACCACAACAUCAUAAGCGCCAUAGUGCAAAACCGGAGUGCGGCCGAAUUUGAAGAUUUCCUAGGGCUUGAUGAGCCCGUGGAAGAGGCCGAACAGGAACAGGCAUGAACGCAAUACGCAUUUAAGCUCGUCUCAAUAAUAUCUAUUUAAUUGCCAAAAUGACACGAAUGUCCUCUUCUCUUUUUAUAUAGCUAUCACGUAACAUCUGUAUUUUUACAACACAUCAUACUUCUCC